ACCCGGCAUUUUACCACGUUACAGUGAGUACCUGAACGCCUCAAUCUUCCCAUCCGGUUAGUGACUUUCCGCUAGCUAGUUAGCUUAGCUGCAGUACACUACAGUGCCCGGUUCAUAAAUAAAAAAGGAAGUUUGUACCGAAAAUGGCAGUGUAAAAACUGCAUAAAAUGCAUUUUUUGUACAUUUUAUUUUGACCUCACAUUGCUGUUACAGCCAAAGGAAGCAAAUGUGUUUACAUACAUUUGAGUUAACGUAUUACAAGUUAUUUUGUCUAGCGAGCGUUAGCUAAGAUAGCUAACGUAAUACGCUGCCUGAACUGUGUUUAGCAGGUUAGCUGCUAUCAUUCAACAGCUACAGCAAGCUGGCUGAAACAAAAGCGUACUAAACCUGAAGUUUUGUUACGAAAGUAUGUCUGAUUCAGACAGCGAUGAGGACCAAGAUCGCCCUUUCUCUAUAACUGGCUUCCUCUUUGGAAACAUCAACGAAGAUGGGCAGCUAGAGGAUGACAGUGUGCUGGACGAUGAGUCCAAAAAGCAUUUAGCUGGUUUGGGUUCUCUUGGUCUGAGCUCACUCAUUACAGAGAUCACUGCAAAUGAGGAGGAUGAUCAAGACGAAGGCAGAGAUUCUACGAAUGUGGACGCAGAUGGUUGGGUGAAAAGCACAGACGAUGCUGUGGAUUAUUCUGACAUCAGUGAAGUUGCGGAGGAUGAGACAAAUAAAUACCGUCAGGCCAUGGGGUCUCUGCAGCCCAGCAGGCAAACAGAUGAUGAGGAAGACUACGAUGCCGACUGCGAGGAUAUUGAUUCUAAGCUUAUGCCUCCUCCGCCACCACCCAUUGUUCCUACCGCUGCAAAGAAAGAGGAACCCGUCUCUCAGAGCCCAACUGUUGGGGAAGAGGGUGAUGGCAUCAUCCUGCCCUCCAUCAUCGCGCCAUCCUCUAACGUCGAUAAGGUCGACUUCAGCAGCUCUUCAGACUCUGAGUCAGAAACUGACCGUCCCUGCCAGGGCUCAGGGGCUGGAGGCCCCCCAGAUAGUCUCACCCUCCCCCUCGCUGGCAUCAUGCAGAAAGAUGCUGCCAAAGCACUGCCAGGGGUCACAGAGCUCUUCCCAGAGUUCAGGCCUGGAAGGGUGCUUAGGUUCUUACGCCUCUUUGGUCCUGGAAAGAACAUGCCGUCAGUUUGGAGGAGUGCUCGCAGGAAGAAGAAGCGGAAGCACCGAGACCCUCAGCCUGGGACGCCUCCGCCAGAAGGAGAGCCCACAGAGACAAGCCCCGAUAAAAAGUCUGGAUGGAUUUACGAGUAUGCGCUGCCUCCACCACCAGAGCAGUGUCUCUCUGACGAUGAGAUAACCAUGAUGGCUCCGGUAGAAUCCAAGUUUUCCCAGACUUGUGGUGACGGGGACAAGGAGACAGAGGCUAGACCUAAAGUAGCAGAGUGGCGAUACGGUCCGGCCCAGCUCUGGUACGACAUGCUUGGCGUCCCAGAGGAUGGAAGCUACUUCAACUACGGCUUCAGGCUCAAAGAAGAGCAGAGCAGUGAGCAUCAGGAGCACGACACGUUUACAAAAAUACAAGAGACUUCACAUAAGAUUCUGAGGCGAGAAGAGGACGACAAUAAUGAAAAUAAUGGAGGAGAUAAGGACGUUUCAGACCUUGAGAAUGAGCUCUUCCUGAUGGUUACUCAACUGAAAUGGGAGGAAGAUAUUAUCUGGAAUGGGGAGGAUGUAAAACACAAGGGCGCAAAGACUCAGAGAGCUAGCCUGGCAGGGUGGCUGCCCUCAAGCAUGACCCGCAACGCCAACGCGUACAACGCACAGCAGGGUCUGACGAGAAGUAAUUCCCUGUUGGUGCCACCCACGCCUCCCCCCAUGCCAAAAAUGCCUUCAAUCACUGGCUCGAAGCGGGAGAAAAACAGCCAUGACCAUCAUACCUCUCAUGAAGAAGGCUCUCCCUGGUUCUCCAUUUUCCCCAUUGACAGCGAGGAGUUGGUGUAUGGACACUGGGAAGAGAACAUUAUCUGGGACGACCAGGAGAUGGAUCACAUGCUCAUGCCACCUGUUCUUACACUGGACCCCAAUGACGAGAAUAUCAUCCUAGAAAUGCCAAAUGAAAAAGAGGAGAUGACUUCCCACUCCCCGUCAAAAGAAAAUAAGAAGGAGACGGCAAUCAAAAAGAGCCGCAUCCUGCUGGGGAAGACAGGGGUGAUCAAAGAUGAGCCACAGCAGAACAUGUCCCAGCCUGAAGUGAAGGACCCCUGGAACCUCUCCAAUGAUGAGUUCUACUAUCCCAAACAGCAGGGCCUGAGGGGGACGUUCGGUGGCAACAUCAUUCAGCACUCCAUCUCGGCCCUGGAGCUGAGGCAGCCCUUCUUCCCCACUCACAUGGGGCCCAUGAAGCUGCGGCAGUUCCAUCGCCCGACUCUGAAGAAAUACUCGUUCGGAUCUGUGGCUCAGCCGGGUCCUCACGCUGUGCAGCCGCUGCUCAAACACAUUAAGAAGAAGGCCAAGAUGCGAGAGCAGGAGCGACAGGCAGCAGGAGGAGGAGACAUGUUCUUCAUGCGAACCCCGCAGGACCUGACGGGUAAAGAUGGAGAUCUGAUCCUGGCAGAGUACAGUGAAGAGUACCCGCCUCUCAUCAUGCAAGUCGGCUUGGCCACUAAGAUCAAAAACUACUACAAGAGGAAACCUGGAAAGGAUCCUGGAGCCCCCGACUGUAAAUAUGGAGAGACCGUGUACUGCCACACAUCCCCUUUCCUGGGUUCCCUCCACCCUGGACAGCUCCUGCCGGCUUUUGAGAACAACCUCUUCCGUGCUCCUAUCUACCUGCACAAGAUGCCCGAGACCGACUUCUUGGUUCUGAGAACCCGACACGGCUACUACAUUAGAGAGAUUGUUGACAUAUUUGUUGUUGGUCAGCAGUGCCCCUUAUUUGAGGUUCAAGGGCCCAACUCAAAGCGAGCAAACACUCACAUCAGAGACUUCCUACAGGUGUUUAUUUACCGCCUGUUCUGGAAGAGCAAGGACCGGCCCCGGAGAAUCCGCAUGGAGGAUAUAAAGAAAGCGUUUCCCUCACACUCAGAAAGCAGCAUCAGGAAGCGGCUGAAGCUCUGUGCUGACUUCAAACGUACAGGGAUGGACUCUAACUGGUGGGUGCUGAAGCCGGACUUCAGACUGCCCACAGAGGAGGAGAUCAGGGCCAUGGUGUCUCCAGAGCAGUGCUGUGCUUACUACAGCAUGCUGGUGGCAGAGCAGAGACUCAAGGAUGCUGGAUAUGGUGAGAAAUCCUUCUUUGCUCCAGACGAGGAGAACGAAGAGGACUUUCAGAUGAAGAUUGAUGAUGAGGUGCGGACAGCUCCUUGGAACACAACGAGAGCCUUCAUUUCGGCCAUGAAGGGGAAAUGCCUGCUAGAGGUGUCGGGCGUGGCCGACCCUACAGGCUGUGGAGAGGGCUUCUCCUACGUCAAAGUGCCCAACAAGCCCACUCAACAGAAGGACGACAAAGAGCCGACGCCUGCCAAGAAGACAGUGACGGGGACAGACGCUGAUUUGAGGAGACUCUCGCUGAAGAACGCCAAGCAGCUGCUGCGCAAGUUUGGAGUUCCAGAGGAAGAGAUCAAGAAGCUCUCCCGCUGGGAGGUGAUUGACGUGGUGAGGACGAUGUCCACAGAGCAGGCGCGUUCAGGCGAGGGGCCAAUGAGCAAGUUCGCCAGAGGCUCUCGUUUCUCCGUUGCGGAACACCAGGAGCGCUACAAGGAAGAGUGCCAGAGGAUCUUUGACCUGCAGAACAAGGUGUUGGAGUCGGGGGAGGUGCUCUCUACAGACACAGACAGCAGCUCAGCGGAGGACAGUGACUUCGAGGAGAUGGGGAAGAACAUCGAGAACAUGCUGCAGAACAAGAAGACCAGCUCCCAGCUUUCCCGCGAGAGGGAGGAGCAGGAGAGGAAGGAGCUGCAGAGGAUGCUGAUGGGGGAGGAGAGCGAUCGUGAUCACAAGGGACGCAAGGAGCGACGCAAAGGCUUGUCCAGCUCCUUAUCCACCAGCUCCCACAAGGACGACGACACCUCCUCCGUCACCAGCCUGAACUCUGCGGCCACAGGGCGGAGACUCAAGAUCUACCGCACCUUCAGGGAUGAGGACGGCAAGGAUUAUGUCCGCUGCGAGACGGUGCGCAAGGCCUCCGUCAUCGACGCCUACACCAGGAUCAGAACCACCAAGGACGAGGACUUCAUAAAGAAGUUUGCCGUCUUCGAUGAGCAGCACAGAGAAGAGAUGAGGAAGGAGAGGCGGCGUAUUCAGGAGCAGCUGAGGAGGCUGAAGAGAAACCAGGAGAAGGACAAGAUUAAGGGACCUCCAGAGAAGAAGGCCAAGAAGCUCAAAGAGAGGCCAGACCUCAAGGUCAAAUUAAAGUGUGGAGCAUGUGGAGCCAUCGGACACAUGAGGACCAACAAGUUCUGCCCGCUCUACUAUCAGACCAACGCGCCGCCUUCCAACCCUGUUGCCAUGACAGAGGAGCAGGAGGAGGAGCUGGAGAAGACCGUCAUCCACAACGACAACGAGGAACUGAUCAAGGUGGAGGGCACCAAGAUCGUGCUGGGCAAACAGCUCAUCGAGAGUGCUGAUGAGGUGCGCAGAAAGUCUUUAGUGCUCAAGUUCCCCAAACAGCAGCUCCCCCAAAAGAAGAAGAGACGCGUAGGCAACGCGGUGCACUGCGACUACCUUAACAAACCACACAAGGCCAUCCACCGCAGACGCACUGACCCCAUGGUGACCCUGUCUUCUGUGCUGGAGAGCGUCAUCAAUGACAUGCGGGACCACCCUAAUACGUAUCCGUUCCACACACCAGUGAAUGCCAAGGUUGUGAAGGACUACUAUAAGAUCAUCACGCGGCCCAUGGACCUGCAGACGCUGAGGGAGAAUGUGCGCAAGAGACUCUACCCGUCGAGGGACGAGUUCCGUGAAGCCGUGGAACUUGUCGUCAAAAACAGCGCCACCUACAACGGCGCAAAACAUCCCAUAACGCAGGUGGCCCAGUCCAUGCUGGACCUGUGUGACGCUAAGCUGAAAGAGAAGGAGGACAGGCUGGUGAGGCUGGAGAAAGCCAUCAACCCGUUGCUGGAUGAUGACGAUCAGGUGGCCUUCUCCUUCAUCCUGGACAACAUCGUGACCCAGAAGAUGAUGGUCGUUCCCGAUUCAUGGCCGUUCCACCAUCCUGUCAACAAGAAGUUUGUCCCCGAUUAUUACAAAGUCAUCGUAUGCCCCAUGGAUCUGGAGAACGUCCGCAAGAACAUUUCCAAACACAAAUACCAGAACCGGGAUGUGUUCCUUUUUGACGUCAGUCUCAUCCACGCCAACAGUAUCAAGUACAAUGGCGCAGAGAGUCCUUACACUAGGACGGCUCUGGAUAUUAUCAGUGUGUGCAAGCAAACCUUGGCAGAGUACGAUGAGCACCUGACGCAGCUGGAGAAAGACAUCUCUACGGCUAAAGAGGCGGCUCUGGAUGCAGCAGACCUGGAGUGUCUGGACCCGAUGACGCCCGGGCCGUACACACCGCAGCCUGCUGAUCUGUUUGACAGCGGGGCGUCAGGGAGUCUGCCCAGAGACAACAGCAGCCUGUUCUCUGAGGGACCGCUAGUGGUUGCUCCAGAGAAGAGAGGGGGGCAGGCCGAGGACGCAGACGGAGAUCUCGAGGACGACGAUGACGAAGAGGACAUGUUGCUGCCCCCUCGCAGACAGAUGCUCGACCAUGAAGAAGAGGAGGAGGAGGAGGAAGACGACGGACUAUCUAACCGCCCGGCACAGGCCAGCGUCCUGUACCAGGACCUGCUCAUGUCUGACGGAGAGGACGACGCCAGCGAAGAGGAGGGCGACAACCCCUUCUCCUGUAAGUCCUGGGGAGGAAGCAGAAAAUGGUCACAGCUGUUCUAA